AUUUGUGAAUUUUGCGGUGCCUAGUGAUAACGGUAUUGAACUUUAUUUUCUGAUUUUUUUUUUAUGCUAUGUAUGUACGUAUGUAUAUAGUUGGUGAAUUUUGUUUUGCUCUGGGAUAACUGUAUUCUACUACAUACAGCAAACAUACGUACAAGCUUAUGAAAAUGUUGUCAGUUGUGUGAUUUAUUUGAACUGUGAAGACGCUCGUGUAGACAAUUUUUUUGCUCAGUGAUAUGCGAAUGUAAAAAUCUGUGCCAUUAAAAUGCAGCGAAGAAACCAGAUUCUAUCACGGCAAAGAAUUGAAGAAAUUUUCAAUGAUGAUGACGAGUCACUUGAUGAAGCGUCUGAUGAAGAUCAAGAUUUUCGAUGUGAUGAAUCUGAAAUAAAUGAGUCUGAUAUAUCUACAGAUUCUUUUGAUAGCGUUGAAAGUCUUAGCAGAGAAACACAAGGAAAUAAGGAAUGUUUUCCUGCAAAAGAUGGUACGAUUGUUUGGUAUAAAGAUCCUCAACAAAUGCAAUGCAGCAGAAUGCGACAAGAAUGCAUUCUUUCAGAUAAACCAGGCCCUUCACAACACGCACGUUCCUUGGUUGCUAGCAUAAAAGGUGCUUUCGAUUUAUUCAUUUCACUAGAACUGAAACAAAUUAUUGUUGAAAUGACCAACCUCAAGGGCGUGCAGUUAUAUGAAAGUAAGUGGGAGAUCAUUGAUAUAAUGGAACUGGAAGCAUACUUUGGGCUGCAGAUCAUGGCUGGUGUUUCCAAGUCUAACGGGGAAAGCUUGAGAUGCUUAUGGGAUGAAACAAAUGGAAGACCCAUAUUCCGCGCUGUUAUGCAUAUUGAAAGAUUUAUGCAAAUUUCACGAUGCCUCCGUUUUGAUAGCCAUGAAGAUAGGGAAACCAGACGGUUACGUGAUAAGCUAGCUCCAAUAAGAAAUAUUUGGGACAAAUGGAGCAAAAAUCUUAAACUGAUGUAUAAUCCAAAUGAAAAUGUGACCGUCGAUGAGCAGCUGGUACCUUUUCGUGGAAGAUGCUGUUUUAGACAGUACAUACCUUCCAAACCUGCCAAAUAUGGCAUAAAAAUAUGGGCUCUUUGCGAUUCCAAGUCCAACUACGCAUGGAAUAUGGAUGUCUAUCUAGGAAGGGCCAGAAAUACUCAGCCAGAAAAGAAUCAAGGUAAAAGCUAUCAACAUGAGAAAAAUAGCAGUGAAACAAAUAAUACAAAAAUAUUUUCUUUAGAUGAAAAUGUAGUUAUAAAUCUCACACGCAAUUUGAGGAGAGGGUAUACCGUCACGUGUGACAACUUUUUUACAACCUACAAUUUGGCUGUCGAAUUGCUACGACGUAAAAUAACGGUAGUAGGAACAGUUAGAAAGAACAAGAAGUUUCUUCCCCUCCAAGCUAUUGACGUCAGGAAAAAACCAGAGUAUUAUUCGGAAUUCUUUUUCACACAAAAUGUGACUGUUGUGACCUAUAUGCCAAAGAAAUACAAAUUCGUUGUUGCAAUGAGUACUCUUCAUCAUUCGGCAGAGACUAGGGCUGAUCAGAAAAAGAAACCAGAAAUAAUACAUCACUAUAAUGCGACUAAAGCAGGUGUUGAUGCGCUGGACCAAUUAGUAGCAACGUACACAUCAUUUGGUAAGUCGCUUGGCGAUAGAGAAAAUAGUAUAUUAGCUAAAUUUCCGUUUAGUCCCGUUAUAAAUGUGCGUAAAGCAUCCCGCCUAUUUUUAGCAUUGAAUUCCUUAGUUACGGCGCUAUCUGAUCCAGUAAUUGCCUUGGCGCAGAAUACUCAUUUCUUGCUCGAUUAUAUGAGCUGGUCGCUUAUCGGCGUAAGCGAAAUCUAA